UUUCUUUCCGGUUGUCAAAAAGGUACGGGUAGAAUGAAUUUUCUUAAACCUUAAAAAAUAAUUCUAAAUUUUCAAAUGCAUCCUUAGUUUUAAUUUUCCAAAUCGUUUCUUUUUCAGUUAUAAGACGACAUAAAUAGCUAAAAAUGGCCGACGUUGAUGUAGAUGUUCCCUCAGCUGCCCCAGUUAUUGGAGGUGCCAUGGAUAUCAACACUGCCUUGCAAGAGGUUUUGAAGAAAUCCUUGAUUGCCGACGGUUUGGUUCAUGGAAUCCACCAAGCCUGCAAAUCUCUUGACAAACGUCAGGCUGUCCUUGCUAUCUUGGCUGAAUCUUUCGAAGAGCCCCUUUACAAGAAACUCAUCACAGCCCUCUGUCAUGAACAUCAAAUUCCAUUGAUCCGCGUCGAUUCACACAAGAAACUCGGCGAAUGGUCUGGACUUUGCAAAAUCGACAAAGAAGGCAAACCACGUAAGGUUUGUGGCUGCUCUGUCGUCGUCAUCAAGGAUUUCGGUGAGGAAACACCCGCCCUCGAUGUUGUCAAAGAGCACCUCAGGCAAAACAGUUAAACUGCUGCUGUUUACAUGAGUUUUCGAUUCAAUCAAAGACGACAUUCUACUUGAGGUUAAGCAUUUUUUUAAAUAAAAAGAACUUAGAAAACUAAAACAA